AUGGGCUCCGUAUUCAAAGAACCACUCAUAGUAGUCAUCACAAGCCUCGGCCACAAUCGCACCGGCUCCAGUCCGCACUGCAAGGCCGGUUCCCACACCAACAUCCCAGCCGCGAUGCGCGCCCGCGGCAUCCGCCGAGUCGUGCUUCCAGCACUUGGCGUCGGCAGAUCGAAGCCGAAUUUGUUCGUGCUAGAGGGUGGACGAUCAAGUACGCAAGCAUGGCGGGGUGUUUUGCCGAUCAUGAUCUUGUGA